AUGAAACCACACUUCCCGGCGUGCACCACGAUAGCGAAGGCCGCCAACCCGCGGUUGCUAGCUGGCGCCAUUUCCGUGGAAGAGAACGGCAUUGAGGCCUGUGAUCAUGGCGCUGUUCCCAGCGUUUGCGGGCGUUGGUGAGGCCCCAGAUAGUGGGGUCUCUAGGAAAGAAUUAGACUGGCUGAGUAACCCAAGCUUUUGUGUUGGAACAACAGCAUCAUCGCUGAACCAACAAACCAAGGAGGCCACAGCCCUUGUUUCUGAAGGGUCCACACUGACAAGGAGUCCUUUGAAAUCACAGCCUUCAGAUGAGAGUGACACUAACAAAAAGCUCACACAAAUAAGCAGAAAAAAGAAGAAAGAAAAAAAGAAAAAAAGGAAGCAUCAGCACUAUAAGAAGACGAAGAGGAAACAUGGACAGUCGAGUAGCAGUGAGUCUGAGCCGGAAAGUGACUCUGGAAAGGACAGAUUGUCCCGAAGCAUCAGGAGUAGUCAGAAGGAGUCUGAGAAAGUCAGUUAUGGAAACAAUGCUGCUGCUGAUGUUGGGCAUCACUCUUUCUGGCUUGAGGACAUCCAGACUCUGACAGGAGAAAUCUUCAGAACAGAUAGGAAACCGGAUCCUGCAAACUGGGAAUAUAAGUCUCUUUACAGAGGAGAUAUAGCAAGAUACAAGAGGAAAGGAGACUCCUGCCUGGGCAUUAACCCUAAGAAGCAGUGUGUAUCUUGGGAAGGAGUUUCCACAGUGAAGAAGCAUUCACACAAGCAUGUUGAGCGCUAUUUUACCAAGAAGAGUGUGGGACUAAUGAACAUCGAUGGAGUUGCUAUUACCAGUAAAACAGAGCCUCCUUCCUCUGAGCCAGUCUUGUUUAUCCCAGUGAAGGACUCAGAUAAUGUGGCUGCUCCUGUUACGACCUGGUUGAAUCCUCUGGGGAUUUAUGAUCAGUCAACCACACAGUGGCUACAAGGACAAGGUCCUUCAGAGCAAGAAUCGAAGCAGCCGGACUCCCAGCCAGAUGGAGAGGAUGGUAUUCUCAAGGCCAAGGUGGAGGAGUUUAACAGGAAGGUUCGGGAGAAUCCUCGGGAUAUUCAGCUGUGGAUGUCGUUUGUGGCUUUUCAGGAUGAGGUCAUGAGGAGUCCUGGCCUGUAUGCCAUUGAGGAGGGAGAGCAGGAGAAGCAGAAGAAGUCCCUGAAGCUCAUCCUGGAAAAGAAGCUGGCCAUUCUGGAGCGGGCCAUUGACAGCAAUCAGAGCAGUGUGGAUCUGAAGCUGGCCAAGCUGAAGCUGUGUGCCGAGUUCUGGGAGCCUUCCACACUGGUCAAAGAGUGGCAGAAACUGAUCUUCCUCCAUCCCAAUAAUAGUGCUCUUUGGCAGAAAUACCUUUUAUUUUGCCAGAGCCAGUUUAGCACCUUUUCGAUUUCAAAAAUCCACAAUCUUUAUGGGAAGUGCUUGAGCACUUUGUCUGCGGUUAAGGACGGCAGCAUGUUAUCUCACCCUGCAUUGCCUGGCACGGAAGAGGCCAUGUUUGCACUCUUUCUUCAGCAGUGCCAUUUUCUGCGGCAGGCUGGCCACUCAGAGAAGGCUGUCUCUUUGUUCCAGGCCAUGAUCGACUUCACCUUCUUCAAACCCGACAGUGUGAAAGAUCUGCCUACCAAAGUACAGGUGGAAUUCUUUGAGCCCUUCUGGGAUAGUGGAGAGCCCCGGCCUGGGGAGAAGGGCGCCCGAGGCUGGCGGGCCUGGAUGCACCAGCAGGAGCGGGGUGGCUGGGUGGUCAUCAGCCCAGAUGAGGAUGAUGAUGAACCAGAAGAGGAAGAAGAGGAGAUAAGAGACAAGACUCUGCCCAGGUGGCAGAUCUGGCUUGGUGCUGAGCGUUCACGAGACGAAAGACACUGGCAGCCCUGGCGCCCUGAUAAAACAAAGAAACAAACUGAAGAAGACUGUGAGGAUCCUGAGAGACAGGUGUUGUUUGAUGACAUUGGACAAUCGCUGAUCAGACUUAGCAGCCCAGACCUCCAGUUCCAGCUGAUACAGGCCUUUCUGCAGUUUUUGGGUGUGCCUUCUGGCUUCACCCCUCCAGCCUCCUGCCUUUACCUGGCCAUGGAUGAGAACAGCGUCUUUCACAACGGACUUUAUGAGGAGAAGCCCCUGACUUUUUUGAACCCUUCAUUUUCUGGCGUUAGCUGUGUCGGCCACAUGGAGCAGUUGGGCUGUCCUCGCUGGGUCAGGAGUCACAAUCGAGAGGGCGAGGAGUUCAUCCGCAACACCUUCCACCUUGUGUUGCCUUUAUUUUCAGGCAAGCAAAAGUCUCAGCUCUGCUUCUCCUGGUUACGGUAUGAGAUUGCAAAGGUAAUUUGGUGUGUACAAACUAAAAACAAGAAGAGAUUAAAGUCACAGGGGAAGAACUGCAAAAAACUAGCCAAGAAUCUCCUUAAGGAGCCAGAAAACCGCAACAAUUUUUGCCUCUGGAAGCAGUAUGCACAUCUGGAGUGGUUGCUUGGCAACAUAGAGGAUGCCAGAAAAGUUUUCGAUACAGCAGUCAGCAUGGCAGGCAGCAGUGAGCUGAAGGACCGUGAGCUCUGUGAGCUCAGCCUGCUCUAUGCUGAGCUGGAGGUGGAGUUGUUGCAGGACUUGAGAGGGGCCGCCACAGGCCGAGCUGUUCACAUACUGACCAGGCUGACGGAGAGCAGUCUCUACGGGCCCUACACUGGGCAGGUCUUGGCCACUCAGGUUUUGAAAGCUCGAAAGGCUUAUGAGCACGCACUGCAGGACUGUCUGGGUGAAAACUGUGCCUCUGGUCCAGCUGCUGCCAAUUCCUUGGACUGCCUGAGUAGCUUGGUUAAGUGCUUUAUGCUCUUCCAGUAUUUGACAGUAGGGAUUGAUGCUGCUGCACGGACAUAUGAGCAGCUUUUUGCCAAACUAAAGGUCUCCUUUGUCCCAGGGGACCCUGGCUUAGAGCACAGUGCCAGCUCCCAGAGUUUGCCCAGCGUUCUUGAAGCCAUCACCCUGAUGCACACAAGUCUGCUGAGAUUCCACAUGAAAGUUAGUGUUUAUCCUCUGACUCCACUGCGGGAAGCACUCUCAGAGGCUUUAAAAUUGUAUCCAGGCAACCAGCUUCUUUGGUGGUCAUAUGUACAGAUUCAAAAUAAGUCCCACAGUGCUAGCAAGACCAGAAGGUUCUUCGAUGCAAUCACUAGGUCUGCCAAACCCUUGGAGCCUUGGUUGUUUGCAAUUGAAGCUGAGAAAAUGAGGAAAAGACUGGUGGAAACUGUUCAGAGGGUAGAUGGCAGAGAGAUCCAUGCCACCAUCCCCGAGACUGGCUUAACACAUCGGAUCAGAGCCCUCUUUGAAAAUGCGAUGCGGAGUGACAAUGGCAGCCAGUGCCCUUUACUGUGGAGGAUGUAUUUGAAUUUUCUGGUUUCCUUAGGAAACAAAGAAAGAAGCAAAGGUGUGUUCUACAAAGCACUUCAGAAUUGUCCUUGGGCAAAGGUGUUGUACCUGGAUGCUGUGGAGUACUUUCCCAAUGAGCUUCAGGAGAUCCUGGAUCUGAUGACGGAGAAGGAGCUCCGUGUGCGCCUGCCGCUGGAGGAGCUGGAGCUCCUACUGGAGGACUAGGGCACCAGAUGUGUGUGCUCUUUCUGAUCAUUUCUCCUGCGUAGGUUUUGGGUGUGUACACCACACAAAAGCUGUUUUACAUAUUAUAUAUGUGACUCUGCCUACCGAGAUGAAAACUCACUCCUGAUGAUAAUGAAAUCUUUUAUGAUUGAGGUGUGUGCAGCUUCCUGUUCCUCUGCCCAGCCAGUCUUGGCCCUGGCUUGGUGUACAUAGCCUCUUUGGGCAUCCUUGGGGAUGGCAGUGGGGUCCUGUAAGCCCCUCUGGGUAUGUAUGGACUUAAAGGUCAGGCCACUUAAGAUUACCAUCUCCUCUCUUUUUCACUCCACACAGGGGAGGGUUCUUGCUUUUCUGCCUUGGGUCAGUGUGCGGCGAGUUUCGGAGACACCUGCCUCUAGGCCAGCAGUAUCCCCUGGAGCUGGUGGGCACUGCAGACUCCUAGGCAGGGCCCUGCUCUGCUGGGUCAGAAUCUGCCCUCUCCUGAGCCCAGGUGCUUAUGGGUCAGCAGAGCGUGGGAAGUGCCACCCAGGGUGUGAGCUCCUGCCUGCUGGUGACCCCAGCCCAGAGUGUCACAUCCAUAGCCACCACCUCGCUUCAGCCAAGCCAACCUGCCUGCAUUGUGCCCAGGUGCUUCAUCUCUUCUGCUGAAGGCGAGAAGGCGCUGUGUCCUGUGUCUGAGGCUGUGGAUAGAGAAGACUCCUCUCUGCUACUGAAGAGAUCCAUAGCACAGUUGUUUCCAGUCAGCAAAGCAGGGUGGGAAGAACGGCUUGCCUGUAUUCCCUGAGCACUGCUGCCAAGUGGGUAGCUGCAUGCUGGCUUUUUUUUUUUUUUUUAAAUACCUUUCUCCAGAACCACCAAAGCCUUGGAUUCCUUUGCCACCUCAUCCAGAAAGCCAACGCCAUGGAAAGUAAUUUUGGAAAGAAACAGAUGGCCAUAGUUGAGAAAAAGAAGGGGAAACAAUAGAGCCAUAGUGCUCUCUAGGGCAGUGCCUCAAGACACAAAGGACGCUGGCCAGCCUGCCCUGUCUCUCCCCACACUGCAGGCUGCUCCUCUGUCCUCUGUCGCCUCUCAUGGAGUGAGAACUGGGAGCUGAGAGCUGGACCCUGAGAUGGGCCGGACGGCUGGGAUUCGGGCGGUAAGGCCUCUGGGCUGCUCCCUGGAGGACAUUUGCCACCGUCACCCUCACCUUCUGUGUGGGUGGGCAUCAAGCCAGACACCUUGCAGAUCUAUCUGAGGGAAUAGAGCCAGAAGCCCAGGACUAAGCCACAUUCUCCAUAACUAAUACCCCGAUCCCUCGCUGCUUCUGUGUGUCUGCUCAUUUGGAUAGCAGGGAGCCGCCUGUGGCAAAUCAGUACCCUCAAACCCUGAUGGGAAUCUGAAUUCUGGGAGCCUGGAGUGGGCUACACAUGUGGGUAGGAGACCCCAGAGACCUGAUAAGGCAGCAUCUCAGACUGACCACUCAUAUUUGCUGCAUGGGAGGAGGUUUUAAAAAAAUCAGAUGUUUUACAGAAAAAAGAUGGUGAGGUAUUUAUUGUUAGGAUUUUUAAAAGCCUACUUGAGCCAGGCAGGGUAGCACAUGCUCGUCAUGCCUGCUUUCUGGGAGGCUGAGUCAGGAGGACUGCCAAGGUCGAGCUCAGCCUGGGCAACUU